UCUCGGCAAGAAAGUGAAGCCCAGAAAAGCUGCCAAUUUUCUGCGGCAUAUUCGUGUGGUUUACGAAAUAUCUAUACGAAUUCGGAUCCAAUGGCGGACACAUACUGCACCGAUUGCAAGCGGAAUACGGAGGUGGUGUUUGACCACUCCGCCGGCGACACCGUGUGCUCGGAGUGCGGCCUCGUCCUGGAAUCGCGCUCCAUCGACGAGACCUCCGAGUGGCGCACCUUCGCCGACGACUCCGGCGAUCACGACCCGAAUCGUGUCGGAGGACCCGUCAAUCCGCUUCUCGGUGAUGUCGGGUUAUCCACCAUUAUUUCUAAGGCUCCCAAUGGCAACGGCGACGCUUCGCUCUCCAGGUUGCAGCAUCGCGGCGGCGAUCCUGAUCGCGCCCUUCUCAUGGCUUUCAAGGCAAUUGCUAACUUGGCAGAAAGGUUGAGCCUUGUGGCUACUAUAAAGAAUCGGGCAAGUGAAAUUUAUAAACGGUUAGAAGACCAAAAGUGCACAAGAGGAAGAAAUCUUGAUGCUUUGACUGGUGCCUGCAUUUUUAUCGCUUGCCGACUAGAAGGGAAACCUCGCACUGUAAAAGAAAUUUGCUCAGUUUCCAAUGGCGUAACCAAGAAGGACAUUGGCCGAGCAAAAGAGUUUAUUGUGAAACAAUUGAAGGUUGAAAUGGGAGAUUCAAUGGAGAUGGGAACUAUACAGGCAGAGGACUACCUGAGACGUUUUUGUUCCAAUCUUGGUAUGAACCAUGAAGAAAUAAAAGCAGUUCAAGAAACUGUCCAUAUGUCCAGGGAGUUGGAUAUUAGGAGAAGUCCUAUAUCUGUCGCUGCAGCGAUUAUAUACAUGCUCACCCAGCUUUCUGAUCCGAAGAAACCCUUGAAAGAUGUAUCUCAGGCAACUAUGGUCGCAGAGGGGACCAUCAAGAAUGCGUAUCGAGAUCUCUUUCCACAUGCUCUGAGGAUUUUACCCGAAUGGUAUGUUAACGGCAAAGACACCAAGAACCUUACCAGUCCUAAGGCAUGAAAAGCUUUGGAGUUUGGAGAGUGGCAAUAGACAUUAUUGUUUAUACAGUGACAUAGCUAGCUAGUUAAAUGGUUCUUGCUCUUUAGUGUCAUUUUACUAGCUAGUUAAAUUCUGAAUCACAUUUUACUCUUGGAAUGCAAAAGCUGUUGAAUUGGAACAGAAUUAUCAUAAACUCCUUGAACUUAUCUAAAUCUCACUCCUAUCCCAUUAAAAAUAGUCAUGUUUCUCAAACCUGUUUUAAAAGUCUAGGCCUAUUUGGUGUUUUGUAAGAGUUGUACAAUACUAAAAUUCUAAAGUUGUACACAGAAGAGUGGACUUUUUUUUAUGGGAUAGAAAGAUUUGGCAUACUUUCCUAAAAGUUGUACACUCAUAAGAGUGGACUCUCUUGACUUUGAGUAAGAUGUACCAUCUCUAGUGGACAUAUAAUAGUCAUAUUCUUUUUUACAAUUUCCUUUUCAUCAUUGUUCAUUAAUAAUGCUUUGCACAUUAC